AUGGUUUACACCGGAUUUGGUUUACAGCAGAUAGCCCACCCUGACGAUCGGCCAUUCAGUGAGUUGACACCCGAUGAGCAGGGUGAAAGAGGUGCUCAAAUGAUGGUGAACUUUAUGACCUCAUGCCCCGGUAAAUUCGCUAUAAGUGGUAUAACAGGGUUUGCACUUGGUGGUGUUUUUGGGCUUUUUAUGGCAUCAAUGGCGUACGAUACUCCCUUGCAUACUCCGACCCCUGGGGGACUUAAUACUGCACAACAAAUGGCUGACCUGCCGUUAAAACAACAGGUGAAGAUACAAUUUGCAGAUAUGGGUAAGAGAGCUUACUCUAGUGCCAAGAAUUUCGGUUAUAUUGGUAUGAUUUAUUCAGGCGUGGAGUGCGUUGUGGAGUCUACGAGAGCGAAGAGUGAUAUAUACAAUGGGUUGACUGCAGGUUGCAUAACGGGAGGAGGUCUAGCUUACAAAAGUGGUCCGCAAGCAGCGGUAGUUGGAUGUGCUGGUUUUGCAGCCUUUUCUGCUGCCAUUGAUCUGUAUAUGAGAAGUGAGGAUGGAAGACCGCCUAAGAAUGAUUUUAACGAUUAA